GAAUCCUAUACCCCACCACUUCCUUUAAAUCUUUCCAACUGUUUCAAAAAACAUUCAAAUCAUUCAUCAUCCCUUCAUUUUCUUCUCUAGCUAGCAUCAGUUAGGAAGAUAGAUUGUUUGGCAGUUUGUUCAUAUUAACAAGUUUUGAAACGUAGCAACUGCAAUGGCCAAUGUAGUGGAGCUUAAAGUUGGUCUGCACUGUGACGAAUGCAUCAAGAAAAUCUUGAAGGCAAUCAAGAAAAUUGAAGAUAUUGAAACAUAUGAUGUGGAUACACAGCUAAAUAAGGUGACAGUAACUGGAAAUGUGACUAAUGAAGAGGUCAUCAAAGUUCUUCACAAGAUAGGGAAACAAGCCACCAACUGGGAUCAACAUUCAACUUACUAAUCUCUAAGCCACUGCUUUAUUAUAUUAUACCUAUCUAUAGGUUCUCCUAGUUUGAUCUUUAUGUAUCUUGAUUUUGGAGGUACUUUUACAUUCUACUAAUUCUCGAUAGAUCAACCAAAAUUAAAAUCUAAUUUACUGUUCACAAUAUUGGUUCUA